UCCAAUCGGCGCAUGCGUCUCACGAGCGAGCGUAAACUGGGCAAAGAUGGCGGCGGGCUCCGAUCUGCUGGAUGAUGUUUUCUUCAACACAGAGCUGGACGAAAAAGUAGUUAGUGACAUAGUCGGGUCUCUGGAGUCUGAGCUGUCAGGGUCAGAUCGCGUCAACACAGCAGCCGGGGUUCAGUCCGCGGGGAAUUACGCCGGGAAGUCAGUUGUAGGGAGUAACUCCAAUGUUCAGGGCAGCAAAAUGGGACUUUCACAACAAGAGCUUGCUAAAGCAGGGACAGGAGUACAAGGAGGUGUCAUUAACAGUGCGGGGUCCCACGGUUCAAGCAUGGAUGGAGCAGCCGGGACCACACCGGUGGUAGCAGCAGCAGCAGCGGCGGCGGCGGGACAGAGCAUGACAGCCGCUCAGAGUCAGCCCAAGCCGGUGGUAGCUAGCGGAGUCGUUACGGUAAUGUCAGACGCAACAGCUGGCGUUGGGAAAGCUGUGACGAGCGGAGUUCAAACUUUGAAUGGAAGUACCGUGGUGAUGAACUGUCAUAUCACCGCAGGAGCUUCUGCUGACAGCGGCGGGAACAACUCGCAGCCCGCUGUCACGCUCGUCAACAACGGACCAGUCUCUGUGAGCAAAGGGAGCGCGGCGGUUCUGUCCGCGACACCCAGCACUAUUAUCCGAACUUGUUCGACUUCGAGCGCGCACAAUGCUGUGAUUUCAUCUGUGAAAAGUGUUCCCACGGUCACGCUUGUGAGGCCACCUAUGCAAACUCCCACUAUCAUCACCUCGCAGAGUGGCGGAAACCCCACCACAGUUUUAACAUCAGCGGCCGUCAGUGUUGGCAGCACGGCCGCCUCUCUUGUGAACAAAACCGGCGGACACGUCGUGGCUUCAACCGUGGCGACGACGGCCACCGUAAGGAGCCCGACUGUUCUGCAAAACUUGAGGACUUCAGUGCCGUCGACAAUUGCCACCACUCCUCCUGCUGGAAUACGAGCUAUUGCUCCACAAGUGUUGGCCCCCCGACUCACUCAGCCUCAGCAAAACAUCCAAAACAUUCAGCUCCCUCCAGGCAUGGUCUUGGUUCGCAGUGAGAGCGGGCAGCUGUUGGUGAUUCACCAGCAGACCUUGGCUCAGAUGCAGGCUCAGUCGCAGUCCCAAAGUGCCAUGACACCACGACCUGCUGCCCCCACCAGCACUCCACCUGUCCAGAUCACUUCUCUACAGGCUCCAGGUGCAUCGCUCCUGGCUCGUCCGGUCACCCCCACCACCAUUAUUAAACAAGGUUCCACAGUCCAGACCACUGUGACGGCCACCACCACACUGCAGAGGCCUCCUGUACUGCAGAACACCAUCAUGGUGGGGGGAACUGCCACUACCCCAGGACAACCGCUAGGAACACCCACCACAGUGCAGCCUGGAUCUGCAGCCACAGCAGUUACACAGAGGGUGGGGCCCCUUGGGGCCACUGGGACCCCUGUCACUCCAACAGCUAUCACAGCUGAGACACUGGAGAAUGUGAAAAAGUGUAGAAACUUUCUGUCUACAUUAAUCAAGCUGGCAUCCAGUGGAAAACAGUCCUCUGAGACUACAGCCAACGUCAAGGAGCUGGUCAAGAACCUGCUGGAAGCGAAGAUAGAACCCGAAGACUUCACCAGUAGGUUAUACCGAGAGCUCAACUCCUCACCACAGCCGUACCUUGUGCCUUUCCUGAAGAGAAGUCUCCCAGCACUGCGUCAGAUGACUCCAGACUCAGAGGCCUUCAUCCACCAGAGCCUACUGCCUCAGACCAGCACUCCAGCAGCAGCAGCAGCAUCAUCCACGGCCCUCACCGCCGUGGUGCUGCGACCGCCUCUCUCCACUGCCGCCACUACGGCCACCAGCACUGCCGCGACCAAAACCACAGUUAUCAGCCUCACUCAGACACCUCACAGUAAACCUGGACUGAUAGUGCCCCAGCAACAGGGGACAAUUGUGAGGCCACAGGUGACGCUGGCACAGUCUCACUUGGUAACACUCAGAGGGCAAUCUCAUAGCCGCAUUGUUGUGGGCCAGCCGCAGGUGGUCAAACAGCUUCAGACAGCUGUGAAGCCGACGUUGGCUCCUGGGGCCAAAGGAGUACAAGUCGUCAGUCAGACCCCUCUCACUGCUGCUCAGAAGAUCAAGCUGAAGGAAGCAGGAGGGGGAACCUUCAGGGAUGAUGACGACAUCAACGAUGUAGCCUCCAUGGCAGGAGUCAAUCUGUCGGAAGAGAGUGCCCGUAUCUUAGCAACCAACUCCGAGCUUGUUGGCGCAGUGACUCGCUCCUGUAAAGACGAGACCUUCCUCUCCACCUCUUUACUCACCCGCAGAGCUCUGGAGAUCGGUAAAAAGUUUGGUGUCAGCGAGUUGGGCACAGACGUGAUCAACUACGUUUCCCACGCUACGCAGCAGCGACUACAAAACUUGCUGGAAAAGGUUUCGCAAGUGGCACUGCAGAAAAACACAACCUUCAAGGAGGACGAGCGGUUUGAGCAGGCCGACGACGUGCGAGCGCAGCUUAAAUUCUUCGAGCAGUUGGAUCAGAUGGAAAAACAAAGGAAAGAAGAGCAGGAGAGAGAGAUUCUCUUAAAGGCUGCCAAGUCUCGGUCACGGCAAGAGGAUCCAGAGCAGCUCAGACUGAAACAGAAGGCCAAAGAGAUGCAGCAGCAGGAGCUAGCUCAAAUCAGACAGAGAGAGGCCAAUCUAACGGCACUGGCAGCAAUCGGCCCGAGGAAAAAACGGAAAAUGGACUCUCCCGUUAGGGGUGCAAGUGCAGAGGGCUCAGGGUCAGGCCCCUCUCAGCCUGGAGGCUCCAGUGGAGCAGGCUCCAGACAGUUUAUGCGACAACGCAUCACCAGAGUCAACCUCAGGGACCUGCUCUUCUGCCUGGAGAAUGAAAGAGGGACCAGUCACUCACAGCUGCUCUAUAAAGGCUUCCUCAAAUAGCACUCGCAUUCAAAUGACUAGUUUCACACAGUGGCAUUAAGGGAGCAGGGUUGACGGUCAUCUCAGACCUCUUCUGCCGCUUCUUUCCACUGCUGAAUGACGAGACGUCUGACUGUGGGGAAUUAUCUCGAACACUGAAAGGACGUCCGCUUUUGAAAGCCUUUUCAAGCACAGGCCUUUUUAGAAAUUUCAGCGAAGAGGUGGAGCACAUAUUGGAACUCAGCCGUGAUUUCUCUGUGCCUCUGAGCCUUGGCUUGCUCUUUAAGAGACCAGUUGCACCCAACCACACCUCAUUCAUGCACUGCCUCAUGCUACACACACACACACACACACACACAAAUGUCUUUAACUGAACUGAACACUUCAGAUCUGAAAACCUUGUCAGGGUCAUUUCACUUGCAUCUGUGUUAUAGCAGCGAAUCUCUGUGAAGUGGUUCUAUUCUAGAUUAAUGUGCAACAUUCAGGUGUCACAGCCGGAUUUUUACAAAACUGCAGUAUUGAUCAUUUUCUUGACCAUGUUGACGUAAAACACUCUGUUUAUUUAAGUUCUUGACAGAGAUUUAAAUCUAGCACACAUUUAUGCUAUGUUCUAUCACCGUUUAAAUGCCUGUGGAUUGUUUUACAGACUAAUCUUAACUAGUCUUGUCAUCUGCUGAGUUGCCUUCUUACCAGAUAAAGCCAUAUAGAUUAGAAUUUGUUGAUCAGCUUCAGUAACUUCAUCUAUCCAACACUUCUCUCCAGGUUUGUAGGAUGUGCACUUUGUUUGUCUUUACUUAACAAAAAUAUUUUUUGUUUUUUGUUCCUGCCGCAGUGGUUGAAAGUGAAAUUCCACUUUUUAAUUCAGAUUCUUGCGCUAAAUAUCCAGACGUGACAUAUAUCUUACAUUCUCAACCAUGAUUUCUAAGGCACUCCAUACUUUCAGCAGUUGACAGUUUGUAUUAGUUUUUAACCUUGUCUGCAUUAUGAAAAUAAUGAAAAUAACUUGGAUUUGGCUUUAAAAAAUGUCACAAAGGAGGAUAACUUUCAAGUCAUUUCCCUGCUUUUCAUAAAAGAGUUAUGUACCUGGCUAAAAUAUCUUUGGGGAGGAUGUUUACUGUGAUUGUUUGUCCUCUCAAGCACAUUUGCUUUUUGUACCUUUUUUUUUUUUUAUAAUGAAUAAUGGACAUAUGUGGCUGCCUGAUGAUCAUAAGUAGUAUGGUGCAAUUUGGAAACCAAGUUGUUGUUCAUGUAAAGUAUCCACAGUCUGUAGCCCACGUGCUAUAAUGUGAAUUUAGAUGUGAGUUUUGAGAGCUGGAUCCCAAAAAAUGUAUUGAUUGCAGUCAUUUAAUUGAUUCAGACAUUUUUCAAUAAGUUGUAUGUCCACAUUUUUAUAUUUAUGAAUGAUGGAGAAAACAUGGGCAUGAAAUGCGAAUGAGUGAGGACGGCACUUUGACAGAUCAGUUUUUCUAAAACUAUGAACAUACCCACUUUAUAACUUUUUAUAUUUUUAGUCCACAUGCUAAUUUUGAUCUUUAUACCUUUUGUCAUUUUAUGAAAGAAUGUUUAUCAGCAAAUUUUAUUAAUGUACAUACUUAGGAUUUGCAAUUUGUAGAUUUAUUAGUUGACAACUUGUAAUUGGGCAAGUUUGUCUUAUUUUUCAUAUAUAUAUAUAUAUAGAUAUGUGAAGAAUAAGACACAUAUAUGAUGCUUUCUUGCCAAUAUCUUGUAAAUUUUGCACAGCCACUUGUUUAUAUGUAAAUAUCUGAAUUUUAAAAAAGUUUUUAAUUGCUAUUUUACAACGGAUUGAGAGAGAAUGAUGACUAUUAAAACAAAACAAAAAAACAACAA